AUGACUAUAUCAUACGCCGGUGAAGUACCUAACGGCAGCAGUUUCGGAUGUUUCUGGAGGAUCCUUUGCAAAUGGAGAGGCAGCGUGUACAAGCUCGUCUGGCGGGAGUUACUAGCAUAUCUCACACUGUACUACACCAUCAACUUAUUGUAUCGGUUUGCGCUAACAGAGCAGCAACAGAGGAUAUUCGAGAAAGUACGUCAGUACUUCGGUGCACAAAGCGAGUCGAUCCCCAUGUCAUUUGUGCUGGGGUUCUACGUGAGCCUGGUGGUGAAGAGGUGGUGGGAACAGUACAAGUUGCUGCCGUGGCCCGACACCCUCGCCCUAUUCAUAUCGGCGGGAAUACCUGGAGCGGUUAGUAAAGACGAGACGGGUCGAUUAAUGAGAAGAAAUAUUGUAAGAUACGCCAUCUUAGCUUACGUCAUAACUCUUCAAAGGGUAUCCCUAAGGGUAAAGCGAAGGUUUCCAACGUGGCAACAUGUCGUAGACUCUGGUCUUAUGUUGGAGAGUGAGAGGAAGGUUUUUGAAAAAAUGGAUGGAAAGAGUCCAAUGUCAAAAUAUUGGAUGCCGCUGGUUUGGGCGACAAAUAUAAUAAAUAGGGCGAGAAAAGAAGGCUUGAUAACAAGUGACCACAUUGUUCAAACGCUGCUAGUUGAAUUGUCCGAUAUUAGAAGGCGACUGGGAGCGCUCAUAGGAUACGACACAGUCUGUGUACCCCUGGUAUACACGCAGGUGGUGACACUGGCUUUGUACACGUACUUCGUGGCAGCAUUGAUGGGCCGUCAGUUGGUGCCACCCGCCCCUGGUAGCACUUCCAAAUACGAGCCUGAUGUUUAUUUCCCGUUGUUCACUGCACUACAGUUCUGCUUCUACGUUGGAUGGCUAAAAGUGGCCGAGGUCCUGAUAAAUCCUUUCGGUGAGGAUGACGAUGAUAUUGAAUUAAACUGGUUAAUAGACAGACAUAUAAAGGCUGCCUACAUGAUAGUUGAUGAGAUGCAUGAAGAACAUCCUGAACUUCUGAAAGAUCAAUAUUGGGAAGAGGUCGUCCCGAAGGACUUGCCAUACACUGUGGCGUCAGAACACUAUCGUAGGCAUGAACCACCUUGUUCAGCCGACCACUACAAAGUGAAGGCUGAAGAUGCAGUCUAUGCAAACGUUCAAGCUCCUAGGAAAAGUCAUGAUGAGACUUAUGCAGAUUACGAAAGUGUAGAUACUCCCCUUGUGGAGCGAAGGAAAAAUUGGUUCCAAAGACAAAUAUCUCGAAUGGGUUCAGUAAGGUCUGCAUCGACGGCUUACUCUUCGGGUGGGUUGUUUGGCCGAAAUAGGCAUAACUCAGUCGUGUACUCAAGUCCUGAAGCUGGUCAGCCAGUGAUGCCACCGCCGCCUCACCACAAGAUGUCAUUGUAUGAACGCCUUGUUGGACGCAAAUCUGGACGUGGCCAACAUAGACCCAACUCUAGACAUGGUGGACAAAAAAGCAAUGGUUCUGCUGUUCCAAUAACUUUAAGAAACCGGCCUCGCAUACCAACACCGGACGUUACAAAAGAGGUUAUGGAUCGUGAAAAUAGAAUUGCAAUGGGUAUGCAAAAUAUGGGCGUUAUUAUGGCGCACCAGGGUUACCAAAAUGAGGUGCCUGUUCUUGGUGCCCUUGUUCUGUCCCCUAUUCAAGAACUCGACAGUGGUUCAGUGAACAACACAUUACACGCUGGCCAGCCAGGAACGACAGCGUUGGCACAAGCGGUGUUAUCGCCUUCUUUGACGACGGGUGGUAUGGCGCCGAUGAUAGCUGCAUCGCCCGUUACGCUGGGCGUGUCGCAGCUUACAAGCUUGGUUAGCUCCACGCCGUCGAGUCCGCGCCCCGAGCGUGGUGCAGCCGAUGGCUCCGGAGGAUCUCCUCAUUCGCCGCGGGCCACAGUCACUGAGCUUCCUCCUUCGGAUCGCGACAGUGAGCAUAGUAACGCAAGCACCGGCACUCCACCUGAGUUUACACGAAAACGCAGCAGCUCUAAGAGAGGCGAAGUCUAUGUAUAA